AUGACGUUUGUUUAUGGAGACCCUGUACUUGAACGAAGAGAACAGGUUUGGGAACGUCUUACGUGUUUCUCAACAAUAAGAAAUGGACUCUGGUUCAUGAUAGGAGAUUUUAAUGAGAUAACUAAUCACAAUGAGAAAACAGAAGGACGACAACGCCCUGAUAGCUCGUUUCUACCUUUUAGACAAAUGCUAAGUGAUUGUGGCAAGAGAGCACGUGGAGCCACUGUUAGAUGCCGCCUUGAUAGAGCUGUUGGAAAUGAGGACUGGUGGCUGGACAAUGUGGAACUGAGGCAAGUGAUUCUUGACGGAUGGAAAUCUCCAGGCCUACCCCAAAAUGCUAGUAUUAUGGAGCACAUUUCGAGUUGUCGUAAAGCAUUGGGGGAGUGGAGGAGACAGCAUAAUCUGAAUUCGGCAAAGCAAGUGGAGGAGCUAAAGGAGAAGGUGGAGAGCCUGUACUCGAAUGAUGAUGCUACAACAGAAGAAAUAACUGAAGCUUUGAAGGAAUUGGCUGAUGCUCUUAAAGCAGAGGAGAUGUUCUGGAAGCAAAAAAGCAGGGAUGAGGAGGGACUAGUAGCCAUUGCUACUAGCUACUUCAGACAAAUCUUUGAGUCCUCUAAUCCAGAGGACAUAGAAGAAGUGCUUUCAGAGGUCUCUACAACCAUUACUAGAUCAAUUAAUGAUGAUCGCACUGCUCCGGUUACUGAAUGGGAAGUCAAAUUAGCCCUCUUCACUAUGCACCCGGAAAAGGCGCCUGGCCCGGAUGGGAUGACAGCUAUCUUCUAUCAGAAAUUUUGGGAUAUCAGAUUAAGGAAAGUUCUACCUGAUAGAAUUUUGGAAACCCAGUCAGCCUUUGUUGCUGGAAGACAGAUAUCAGACAAUAUUAUGAUUGCACAAGAGAUGUUCCAUGCGCUGAGAACUAAACCAAGUGGGAGAAAUAAAAGGAUGGCCAUUAAGAAAGACAUGAGUAAAGCAUACGAUAGGAUGGAGUGGUCUUUUAUUGAAGCAGUUAUGCGUAAAAUGGGAUUUUCUGAAGUUUGGAUCAUUUGGAUAAUGAGGUGCAUCACAAUGGCAGAGCCCCGUGAAUGUGAAGAAGUGAUGGAAGUGGUCAGGAAAUAUGAGAAAGCAUCAGGACAGUGCAUCAAUUUUGACAAAUCCUCCUUACUCUUUGGUAAGAGGGUUGGCGCAAACCUUAGACAACAAAUCAAGGAUAAACUGGGGAUACAGAAUGAGGGAGGUAUGGGAACAUAUCUUGGAAUCCCAGAAGAUAUCAGCGGAUCUAAAUGUAAGCUCUUUGCGUUCCUUAAGAAAAAAUUAAUGCAUAGAGUGAAUGGAUGGACGGGGAGGUGGAUGUCAAAAGGAGGGAAGGAAGUUCUGAUUAAAUCUAUACUGUUAGCACUCCCGACGUAUGUUAUGUCUACCUUUUUGCUCCCGUUGGAGAUUUGUGAGAACCUCGCGAGUGCCAUUGCACAAUUCUGGUGGAGAAAAAAUCCACCAAAGAGAGGAAUUCAUUGGGCUAAAUGGAAAAAGAUGUGUUUACCAAGAGAAGAGGGAGGGAUUGGUUUCCGUAUGAUCCAUGAGUUUAAUCUGGCUCUAUUAGCCAAACAACUUUGGCUGCUAGUCCAGUUCCCGGACUCGUUGGUAGCUCGAGUAUUGAGAGGAAAGUAUUAUAGAAUGAGUUCGCCAUUGCGAUUGCAUUCUGUGAGUAGUCCAUCCUACGUCUGGACCAAUAUAUCUGUGGCAAGAAAACUACUACUAUUGGGGAUUAGGAAAAAGAUUCAUUCUGAAUAUGAGGUUAAGGUUUGGGAGAAUCCUUGGAUUCCUACUACACCAACUAGGCCGGCUAGACCAAUUGCUCCAAUCCUACAUCCAAAUUUGAGAGUUAGUGAUCUCAUUAAUGGCGAAACAAGGGAGUGGGAUGAUGGACUACUAGAAAUGUAUGUUAACCCAGAUGAUAUAACCUUCAUUAAGAGUUUGGCCAUAAGCUCAACUCACCACCGAGACUCCUUCUGCUGGAACUAUACCAGAAAUGGCCAAUACACAGUUAAAUCGGGAUAUCGGGUAGCACGGAACCUAAUGAGGAACGAUGAAGAGAAGGAGAUCCUGGAACCCAACAUAACAAAACUCCAAGCCUUUGUUUGGAAAGUAAAAGCGCCUCAGAAGAUGUGUCACCUUAUGUGGCAACUGUUAACAGGACAAGUUGCUGUAACAAGGAAUCUAGUACGUCAGAACAUGAGAUGUGAUAAUUACUGCCCAAGAUGUGGAGAGCCAGAAGAAACGGCUACUCAUGCCAUAUUUGAAUGUCCUCCAGCUCUGCAAGUAUGGAAGAAUGACAUUGCUGUACCAGAGCUUGACAGAGACCUUUAUCCUUGGAUAAUCUGGUAUAUCUGGAAGGCCCGAAAUGAUAAAAUAUUCAGGGGAAUAGAUAGAGAUCCUAUUGAGCUAGUUAGAUAUGCUGAAAGUGAAUGUCAGGCUUGGUUUAAUGCAAAUGAGAGGGCACCGGGCACCCCACAAGAGCUUCAAAAUGAGGAAUCCCAAGUCAUAUGCUUGGAUAAUAUAUGUAUGGUGGAUGGAUCAUGGACUUCCAUGGCACAGUUUAGUGGUUGUGGUUGGGUCUGGAAGGAUAGCUUAGGACAGAUACAACUAAUGGGAAUGCGCAACUUGAGUAGGAGAAAGGCUGCUUUACAUUUGGAAGUGGAGGCACUGUGGUGGGCAAUGGAGAGCAUGCUUCUACAUUCUUCGUGUCAGAGCUUUGGAACAGAUUGCAAAGAUCUAAUUGCAAUGAUACGAGAACCUCAAGAUUGGCCAAGCUUUGCAACUGAAUUGGAGGCAAUAAAGACGCUCCAGCUAUGUUUCCCGGACUUCAAGAUCUCUUAUAUCCCGCGAGCACAAAAUGGAAUAUCUGAUUAG